CCGAUCGGCUCGUCCGAUCGUCCGCCACGUGUCCUAUCUACGUCCCUUCCGUUCCUCCCCAUCUCUAGCUGCGUUUGCGUCCUCUUUCGCUACAGAGGAGGACGACGACUCUUUAUCGCUUUCAUCCCCUCCUGCAUCUCUCGCCCCUUCUCAUAUCCCGUCCCCAUCGCCAUCGCCAUGAGUUUUCUCACUGAGCGAGCUCUCGGCGAUCCCAUGCUGGCGCCACGCGGCGACAUUUCGGCGAUUCGGCAAGUUUGUUAUCCGCGGCUCAGUCUAGAUUUGAUCCGACUCGCGCAGUUCUUCUGCACCACCAGGGUGUACGAGGCGGCGGAGUUCCGAUUCAUGGGCCAUCGUCAAGCGAUCGUGUUGGCAGAGGCGUUGGCUGUUCGCCGACUGUCAGCUCCAGGAGUUAGCCAUGUGUCUACCGUCGUCAUCUUCAUCGGUGAUAUUAGCGCGAUCAACCCUCUGCGACACACGACCAUCCGGACGUCGCUAAGGGAGUGGGGCCAGCAGCUGGCAACGGAGUGGAAUCAGUGGCUUACGCACCACGGCGACAAUCUUGUCCCCACGGACGACAUCGACGUCGGAGGGCUCCGAACAAUACCUGGACCCGCGGAGGAUAAUCGACCUUGCCUUCUUCAGCCUCAAACGGCCUUCAAGGAAGAAGGGCUGACGCUAGAGGAAGAAGAAGAAGAGAACGAGGAAGAAAACAACGAGGAAGAAGACGAAGAAACCUCAGAAGAAGUAGGGAGCUACAGCGAAUACAACGAGGAAGAGUCGGCAGAAGAAGAAGAAGAAGAAGAAGAAGAAGAAGAAGAAGAAGAAGAAGAAGAAGAAGAGGAUCAGUUGGAGGAAGAGGAGGAAUCUGAGUGGGAGACUUUGGGUGAAGAGGCGGAUCGCGCAGAGCCUCAGGAGGAGGAUCCCGAGGCGGCACGAAGAAGGGAGGAGAUCGCAGCCAAGAAGCAGCCGCUGGAGUUCGCAAGUGGUGAGGAUCUGCCAAUCCCAAAUGACCCAGCUGAGGAUCCCGAGCCGCCCAAGAACGACGAUGGGGACCUUAUUGCGGAGACUUCGAGCGCACCGGCCCGACGGCGACGAAGCCGAUCCCCCUCCCCCUCCACCUCCGCCCAUCCACCAGUUUGAGCUCGUACCGAUGUCGGGCGGGGGGGUAUCCGCUACGGCUUAGUGUGACCCCUCAUCUCUGGCUGCUGUGUAGACCACCCCAACACCUCCCACAUGCACUCAAACCGGUCAGUCAUGCUCCCUGCACAGAUCAACUCCUACCAACCGGCGGUAACUUGCACCCCACUUUUUUCCUUUUUGCACCUCUCCAGUCUGCUCCCGGCUCCGAGUUCCAUUGCCGCUCACCCACACUUACUGUGUGUUCUGUCCAUAGAGUGUUCGCGACCAGUAAAUCGUCAGGUUUCCA